AUCAUGUGUUAUUGAAAGCAGCUUUCGCAAGAUUGGGUGUACUCCGAAAUUUACUGACAGUACUGUAAAAGUAAUUACACCUCUCUUAGAUGCGUAUGGACGAAUAAGGACACAGCGUUGGUUACAGUACUGGCAGUACAUUUCGGAACACACCCUAAGAUAUACACGUGUUUCUGAAAAUAGUAGAUAUAUCUUGUAUGUGUAACCGGUAAAUAAUUAUUGUCAUUCUGAUAUCUUUACAUAAUUUGGGCAAUAUGACAAGUACAGAUUCUUCUCAUGUUUCCAUUAUUUCUGAUAAAUCUUUGCAGUUGUGUGAUGUAUCAACUGAAACGCAAAAUAAUGCGGCAUCUGAUACUGAUAAUAUUGUCAGUGACAUUGAAGACUCCAAACAGUUAAAUGACUUAAACAAAUAUUCAUUAAAAGCAAAUGUUAGUGAUAAUACAGUCACAAUUAUAGCAGAAACAAAAAUUUCUAUUGUUGAACAUAUGGCUAUAGAUGAAGCAAAGGAAGUUGAACAGCCAGGUCAAGAAGGAAAUUGUGAAGUGUCAGAGUUAGUAAAAGACAAUGAAACUGAAGAGUCUGCAACGUUUUGUUAUAACUGGUCUAUUUCUCCUAAACUCUUAACCUCUGCCACUGAAGAGUACCAACCUACGAUAUCAUGUGAAAAUUUUACAAAAGGUUGUCAGUGGUCACCUGAUGGAACUUGUUUAUUAGUACCGGCAGAAGAUUUUAGAAUACGAAUUUAUGAACUUCCUGGAGAAUUGUAUUCUGGCAGGAUACCACUGGACUUACCAUUAGUAGAUUUAAAACCUGCAUUAUCUGUAAAGGAAGGAGGAUUAAUUUAUGAUAGCAGCUGGUAUCCAUUUAUGAAUUCUUGGGAUCCCAUGACUUGCUGCUUCAUUAGUACAAGUCAAGAGACUCCAGUUCACUUAUGGGAUGCAUUUACUGGGGAGUUGAGAGCUACUUACAGAGCUUACAAUCAGGUAGAUGAAGUCGAAGCUGCUAUAAGUGUUCAGUUUGUCGAUUCAGGAAGAAAAGUCUGGUGUGGCUUCAAAGGUGCGUUACGAACAUUUGACACUGAUAGACCAGGUCGGCAGAUUGAUACUAUUUACCUUAAAAAAGAUUUCCCAAAUACAUUUGGAUUAGUGUCUUGCAUACGUGAAAAUCCAAUUAUGCCAGGUUUAGUUGCAUUUGGAACUUACUCAAAACACGUGGGUCUAUACAAAGAUGGUCCACUCUGCACAUUCAAAACGAGCAAUGGAGUUACUCAAAUUGAAUUUAGUCCUUGUGGAACUAAGUUAUAUUCAGUAGUAAGACGCAGUAAUGAGUUUCUUUGUUGGGAUUUACGGAAUCCUGGAAUAGUUUUGUAUUCCCUAAAAGAUCGUCAAUCAGAUACUAAUCAAAAGAUACAAAUAUCUAUAUCGACGGACGGUAGUCAAAUAGUUUCUGGUGGCACUGAUGGUUGUGUAACAAUUUGGAAAUAUUCUGAAAAUCUCACCCACGAAGAAGACUUAAAGCCAGCGCAUCGAAUACAAGUAUCAAAAGAUUGCAUUAACGGUGUAAGUUUGCACAAAAAAUUACCAAUAGUGGCAACUAGUUCUGGUCAGAGAAUAUGUGAUGCCGAAUUGCAAAUUAGGGAUAACAGUGUCCGUAUUUGGUGGUGUUCAUGAUACGAUGAUACAAGAAUUCAUAGAAAAUACAUUGCACUAUUUAAA